GUAACCACAGAAGAAGAUCACUGCUAGGUUAGCUAGCAAGCUAGCUGCAACAAAUUGAACGUUUAGAUAGACGCGAGCAUCAAAAUGCUUCUCCAGACGGUCAGACCGUGGUUGCUUCGUUGCAGGAGUCUACCUACGGCUUGCACACGGUCUUACUACGCCGAUAAAGUCGCUCGACUCGGGUCUCAGCCUGAUAAACAGUCCUCUGAAUAUCAGGAGAAUUAUGAGCGAAUGAAAGUUCUUGUUGAUGAACUGCAAAGCCGGACAGAGAAGAUUAAAUUGGGUGGGGGAGAGAAAGCCAGAAGACUUCACACUUCUCGUGGGAAACUGCUGCCUAGAGAGCGUAUAGACAGGCUGCUGGAUCCAGGGACGCCUUUCUUGGAGUUCUCUCAGUUUGCCGCAUAUGAGCUGUAUGGAAAAGAGGAAGUCCCAGCAGGCGGUAUACUUACCGGGAUUGGGCGGAUUUCAGGGGUGGAGUGUGUUAUUGUUGCAAAUGAUGCUACUGUCAAAGGUGGAACGUACUUCCCAGUUACUGUGAAGAAACACCUUCGUGCACAGGAGAUCGCCCAGCAGAACCACUUGCCGUGCAUUUACUUAGUGGAUUCGGGCGGUGCCAAUCUCCCCAGACAGGCUGAAGUCUUUCCAGACAGAGAUCACUUUGGACGCAUUUUCUUCAACCAGGCCAGGCUGUCCUCAGAGGGAAUAGCACAGAUUGCUGUUGUGAUGGGCUCCUGCACUGCUGGAGGAGCGUAUGUACCUGCCAUGGCAGAUGAGAGCAUCAUUGUGCGAAAGCAAGGAACCAUUUUCCUCGGAGGACCUCCAUUGGUCAAAGCUGCCACUGGGGAGGAGGUUUCUGCAGAGGACCUUGGUGGUGCUGAUCUUCACUGCAAAAAAUCCGGUGUGACAGACCACUACGCUUUAGAUGACAACCAUGCGCUCCAUUUAGCAAGAAAGGCUGUGAGGAGCCUCAACUACAAGAAAAAUAUUGAGGUCACCACAGAGCCUACUGAAGCCCCGCUCUACCCUGCGGAUGAACUCUAUGGCAUAGUCGGAGAUAACUUGAAACGCAACUUUGAUGUCAGAGAGGUCAUCGCCAGAAUUGUAGAUGGCAGUAAAUUCGACGAGUUCAAAGCUUUCUAUGGAGACACCCUUGUUACAGGAUUUUCAAGAAUAUUUGGUUACCCUGUCGGAAUCAUCGGCAACAAUGGAGUCUUGUUUUCAGAGUCUGCAAAAAAGGGAACGCAUUUCAUCGAAUUAUGCUGCCAAAGAAACAUUCCACUUCUUUUCCUCCAAAACAUAACAGGCUUCAUGGUUGGUAGAGAAUAUGAAGCAGGAGGAAUUGCCAAGGAUGGAGCUAAGAUGGUAACUGCAGUUGCCUGUGCCAAUGUACCCAAGAUUACUGUUAUCAUUGGUGGCUCCUAUGGUGCAGGAAACUACGGCAUGUGCGGCAGAGCCUACAGCCCUCGAUUCCUGUACAUGUGGCCAAAUUCCCGUAUCUCUGUAAUGGGCGGCGAGCAGGCAGCCACUGUCCUGGCCACCAUCACCAAGGACCAGAGGGCACGCGAGGGGAAGGAGUUCACAGCAGAACAAGAGGCCGCCAUGAAGAAACCAAUAGUGCAGCGGUUUGAAGAGGAAGGCAGUCCGUACUACUCCAGUGCUAGACUCUGGGAUGACGGGAUUAUUGAUCCAGCCGACACACGUAUGGUUUUGGGACUGAGCCUCAGUGCAGCGCUGAAUGCACCAAUGCAGAAGACACGCUUUGGAGUGUUCAGGAUGUAAUGCUCGUGUAGCUUGCACAGGUGCAGAUCUGCCUGUCACAGUUGGACAUGUACUGUACUUACAGUAGUCUUUGUAGUUUUACUUGUGUCACCAGAUUUAGAGCAACAAACCCUGAAAAAAAGAAGAAAAAUCACUGAAGUAGAAUCACACAACCUCGGAUCAAUGGGGAAGUGAUUGGAUGGUGUGCUGUUGUUGUGGGAUAUUUCCACUAAUGAGCUGUGCCUUAACUGUUACUAUUCCGGUGUAAAUGCAAACUGUACCCAGCUGUUUCCUUUCUUUACGGUAGUAGUCGGAUUUUUUAAAUCUAAUCCUGUAAAUGAUGAAUUUAAAGAAUAUGAAAAACCACAAGUUGCUAUCUUUUUGUUCUCAGUCCCUGAUAGAGGAGUGUCAGACUAAAACAGUCUUCAUAAGGGGGCGCUGUUUAGCUAUAAAUAUCUGAUUGGCCACAAUGGGAUGAUAGAAGCAACCUUUUUCAAACUAAAUGCCAUUUAGAUAACAUAAAGGUGUUCUGGUGUUCCCAGAGGAGCUGGUGUGAGGAAAAACAUACAGUUUUUAAAUGUCCAAGCUCCAUGCAAUUAUCUCUGUAUGCACACUUUGAGUAAAAUCUCUUGUCAAGAGACA